AGGCGCGAUUAGCGAGUUAAGAAGAAAAGGAAAGAAGCUCUAGCGUUUCCCCAGCGCAUUGUCUAGGGUACCAGUACUGGAAAACACGGACAACCCCCCCCCACCCCCCACCCUUUCCCGGUUCGGCCUCGAGAGGCUCAGAAACCUAGAAACCCGUACAUGGUGAUCGACCAACCCCAAGGCGAUAAUCCUCGAGACAUUAGGUCCCAUACGUGUGAUCCCAGUUUCCUGCAACGACCACGAGCCAACCUAGAAAGCUAAAGGCUCCUUCCCUCUGCAGGGAUAGUCCGUCUCCCAGAUCCCUAAUCCGAGGUCCAGAUUUUUCUAAGUUCCUAAGGAAAGCCCCGCACUCCCGAACAUGAGCGCACGCUCGCGGCACUGGUGCCCAUGAGGACCGGUACAGUACCAUCGAUUAACCCGGCUCGUCAAAAGAGAUCUAACCAGCCCGCUCUCCCACAAGAAAUCGUACUACACCGUACAGGUGAUGAGUCCUAUACAUAGUCACAACGAUACCGGUAAGCUUACUCUCAGUAUUCUUAUAGGGGUCUUUCUCGCACGAGAGACAAGGGCCCGGCUGCCAUUACUCUUCGGAACAAAAAAUUCCGGGCGCAGGUCGCGGCCGCAGCGACAGAGGAGACGGUUAAACUCAAACGGUUGGUGGGAAGAGGCACCGGCGAACUGGUCCAUCCCCAUCCCAGCAGAAUAUGAUAUAAGGACGAAAAUGCACCGCAGGGGGAUCCAUCGGUCGACUUAUAGAGUUUUAUCUAAGGGUUCCCCAUGAAUUCCAUGCACCCGGAUUGUGGCUAUGGACCCAUUCUUCGUGUUCGCGACACUUACUGUAGCACGCUGAAAUCUAUUUCCGAACGUUUUUACGCGCCACUUCUCCAGCCGGAUAGAAAACUUCAAGCAUAAAAUACAUUCCAUCUAA